AUCCAAAUGGCUGAACAAAAUAGAGGAUAGGCCUCCAUUAUCGUUUAUCAGUCAUCUCAUCAUCCCACACUCUAUCCUUCACUAUUUUCAUUUCUCUGCUAAAACAACAACCUUAAUCAACAAUGGCGCAUCCUUUAUCUACCUAUCAUACAUCAGCAAUUUCAACUUCCUCCAUUACAUCACCCAAAACCCGGAAGUUCUCUUCCUCUCUUUUCAUUCCUUCAUCUCUAAGCUUAUCCUCUAAUCCCAAAUCCUCUUUCCAAUUUCACAACAAAAAGUUCUUUUUCUCUUCACCGUCUAAUUCUCCUAAUCGCCUUUCAAUUGUUGCUAUGGCUCCAAAACCCGGCGGCAAAGCAAAGAAGGUGAUUGGAGUGAUUAAGCUGGCAUUAGAGGCUGGAAAAGCUACACCAGCACCACCAGUUGGACCUGCUUUGGGUUCCAAGGGUGUUAAUAUUAUGGCGUUUUGUAAGGAUUACAAUGCUAGAACUGCUGAUAAACCUGGGUUUGUUAUUCCUGUUGAGAUCACUGUUUAUGAUGAUAAGAGUUUUACUUUUGUUUUGAAGACUCCACCUGCUUCUGUUCUCCUUCUCAAGGCUGCAGGUGUGGAAAAGGGAUCAAAAGACCCACAAAGGGAGAAAGUAGGGAAGGUAACAAUCGACCAAUUGCGACAAAUCGCCACAGAAAAGUUGCCGGACUUGAAUUGCACAACCAUAGAAUCAGCAAUGAGAAUUAUAGCAGGAACUGCUGCUAACAUGGGAAUUGACGUCGAUCCUCCUGUUCUCGAAAAGAAGCAGAAAGUAGUUUUCUAAUUUUGUUCCUUUGCUCCAUCUUGUAGUUAUAUUAUGUAGGGUGCGUGAAAAGUGCUAUGUGAUUACUUAUGUUGCGAUGCUGGAUAAUUCGAAUUUGUUAUUAGAGUGAGCCAUUUGUAAUAGCUCAUUGUUCUCUUGAUCCCUUGUUGGGGGCGUUUACUUGCUUACUGUAUAAUUCCUGCUUUCAAUUUUUUUUAUUGUGAAGUAUUAUUUUGUUCACUCUAAAUUUCUUGUUCUUUGUUCAA